AUGCUCUUUUUACCAUUGUUGGUAUGGUAUAUAUCUCUCGUGCUCGGCAUUGCACAAUCUUCCUCGUACAAGUCUGCAAUCAAACAGCGACAAGCUCCGGAUGAACCGCAACAGCUUCCUGGGGAACAACGAUUAAAUGACGCUGAUCAAGCUUGGUUGGAUAAUAUAAAGGCAGAAGUUGAUCUGUUUCCCCAUGCGGUGGAAGGAGACGAUACUCUAACAGUUGACCCACUGCAGGGUCCACCCUUCCGCCGGAUGGAAGGCGUUUUCCCUCAAACAUUAAUCUCCGGGGAGUGUACCGCAGAACAGGAAUCAAUAAUAAAGCGGGCUUGGGACGACGCGAAGUUAUUUACAGAAGCCCAAAACGGCAAGUGGAAGAAGGACUACGACUAUGACAAAACCCACAAAUUCUGGUUGGGGGAUGAUUGGAACGCAACAACUCAUCCUGAGGCGGGUGUUCGAGAGCGGGCAGUCAUUGUUAAUAGAAAGAUCAAACUUGUUGGAAGGCUGUUCAAAGAGGCACAUUUACAUCAUAAUCAAUGGUUCCUUUGGCGCUGCAACAAUGCAAGGAGACUGAACUGGGAAUGUAGCGAUGUUAGAAACGCCGGUACCUGGGCCGAGCAGUCCGAAAGAACCCAGAAUAUCAUGGAAAUGACGACUUUCUGUGAGAGCUUUUUUAAACUAGAGACGAUAGGAGGACAAGUCGCCCAGCAUAAAGACGACGCCGAUAAACUGGCCAAAAUAGGCUAUUUCGAACAAAGUACGGCGAAAACUUUACUACACGAGGUCUGGCACUACAACAUACUUGGCUGGCCACCGAUAGCAGACCUUGCAUAUGGAAUGUACAACUGCAGGAAGUUGGCUAUAGUAAACGGAACGAAACGAGCCUUCAUCAACUCAGAUUCGUACACUUUCGACGCUAUAAACAUUUAUCUUGAUAAUUUGAUUGACUAUCAUGAUGAUGAUCCAAAGGAUUCUGAUUAUCAUCCUGAAUCCAAUUCCGAUUCAGACGUUGAUAUGAAUUAA